UUUUGCGUUCUCCCAAUCUCAAAAAAUAGAAAAGCAUUAAGCAUCAGCAAUUAGCAAAUAUAAAAAGCCGAACACAGCACAAUAGAGAAGUUGGUCCAAGUUAAGCUCCACGGAUAAAUUACGAAUAGAAUUCAAUAUUUUGCUGUAAAAACUCUCUUUUCAAAAUGUCAUUUGAUUCGAUUCCAAAAGACCUACGAGGAUUGCGGGCAUGUUUGGUAUGCUCACUAGUGAAGACUUUCGAUCAAUUUGAAUACGAUGGGUGCGAAAACUGUGAGGAUUUUCUCCGGAUGAAAAACAACAAGGAUCAAGUGUACGAUUGCACGAGUAAUAACUUUGACGGGUUGAUAGCUGUGAUGAGCCCAGAGGACAGCUGGGUUUGCAAGUGGCAACGUAUCAAUCGAUUUACGAAAGGAAUAUACGCUAUUUCUGUUUCUGGACGUCUGCCAAAUGGAAUCAUACGAGAGAUGAAAAAUAGGGGAAUACCCUACAGGCCAAGGGAUACCAGUCAACGAUAAUUGGUUAAGAAAAAUCUUUUGCAAAAUAAAGGACAAUUUUCAUCAUUUUUAAU